CUUGUGUUGUACAGUGCUAGAUCACGCAGUGCGCUGAGCGAACGUGUACAUUUAAUUUAUUAUUUAAAUUAAUACCCAAUCAAGAUGGGGUGUGGUGAAUUUCUUGUGAAGUACAUCCUCUUCUUCGCCAAUUUAGUUUUUGCGUUGGCCGGGCUCGCCCUGCUGGGUAUCGGCGUGGCGGUGCAGCUGCAGAUCUCGCAGAUCAUCAACGUCAUAGAGAAUGCGGACGCGAGUCUGCAGACCGCGCCCAUCACCUCCAUGGUGGUGGGCGGCAUAGUCUUCCUCAUCGCAUUCUUCGGCUGCUGCGGUGCCAUCCGGGAGAACAACUGCAUGCUCGUCACUUACUCCAUCUUCAUGCUGAUUUUGAUGAUCAUCAAGCUGACCCUGGCCAUCCUGAUCUUCGUGAAGCUGGACGACAUUAUAGCUGAAGUUCCUCAGUGGCUGAACGAAGCUUUCAGCAGGGAUAAGGUCUCUUUCCAAGAGAUUGAAAAGACGUUCUCUUGCUGCGGUCCUAACGGCAGCCUGUCCUACUUGAGCAUGAAUCUGCCGGAGUCGUGCUGCGCCACCACACCCUGCACGCCUAUCAACGCCUAUUCUGGCUGCAAUGGCACCGUACAGGAGUUCUUCCACACCUUCGGACUCGCUAUCGGAGUGGUCGCCAUCGUUGUUGUAGCUAUUGAGUUGGUAGCAGCAGUGUUCGGCCUGUGCCUGGCCAACCACGUGAGGAACAAGGGCCGAAGGGCGCGGUACUAACCAUCCCACCUACAUUACUAGUCGAUAAGUUUGCACCUAGUUGUACGUUACUCUAUUAAAUUAUAUCUUGCCUUCCAGGCUUA